AUGACACCAACUUCACCACAUGGGGACUUUAUGCAAGAAAUGUUUGAUUUCAUCCCCACAAUUAAAGUCAUCAACAAAGAAAACAAGGAUUCAACGAACCUCCUGAAAUGCCUCAAUGCACUGAGAGUUACUUUAAAUGGCACACUAAAACUUUGGAGUCAACUGCAGAAAGAAUCAGUUAAGUUUUUAUUGACAAGACGACUAAAUCAGGAUCCUCUUGAGAAUUUUUUUGGGUCCAUACGUCAGCAGGGAGGAAAUGCCGAUAAUCCAACCCCAAUCCAAUUUUGUUGGGCUUUUCGAAAGUUGUUUUACAACCACUUCUUGGAGCAGUCAUCCGGAAACUGUGCGGAAGACGUUGACAAAAUCUUGGUGCAACUUCAUCCUCCUCCAAGGAAUAACUCAUCAAAAGAAAAUCAACCCCUGGCUCAAGAUCAACCCUUUGUGGUAGACGAGUCCGACUAUCGUGAUCUUGCAAUUGAUCCAGAUCAGAGUAAUUCUGGUGCCAAUGCCAUCACCUAUGUAGCUGGUUACAUGAUUACCAAGUGUUUUCAAAAACAUAAAUGUAACACGUGUGUUUCAAACCUUGUCAAUGAUGAACUUGAUAAUGGUAAAAAACUCUUUUGUUAUUUCAAAGGAUAUGAUUCGAGAAAAACAUUUGGUGGCCUUACUGUUCCAACAGAUAAGUUCACUCAAUACAUCACAGCAGUUGAAGAGAAGAUUGUUCAGUUAUUUCCAACAGUCAUAAAGAAGAAAGGUGUUGCACAAGAUUUGCUUUCACAGCUUCCUCUCUUCACAGUUCCAUGUCCUGAUUUUCCUGGUGAGUUUGUUCUAAGACUUUUCUUGAGAAUGAGAAUUUACUACAUUUUGAAGUUUGGAAACAGAGAACUAUCAUCUCCGAAGAGUAAAAACAGAAAAUAUUUUAAAGUUCAAAAUUUGUAACAUUGCCACUUGUCUGGUGCAUUAGCCUGUGUACAGUCUGAUAUGAAUGCAUUUGUGUGUGAAUAUGUUGAAAACGGAUGACUCAUUUGAACAUGAAUAAACUAUUUAUUCUACUGGGGCCGGUUGUUCAAAGCUGGUUUUGCUUAACCCUGGGUUAACCUAAAAUUCAAAGCAAACUUCCUGACAGCUUGUCUAUAAAUUUGGAAAUAUUUCUUCAGAGAUCUUGUCUAGAUCGAUAGGAAUUUAUUUCUCUGAAGUUUUGAAAUAAACGGACGUGCAGAAAUACAUUUAAAUGGGUUAAAUUUUAACCCAGGAUUAGCGCUAACCCACCUUUGAACAACCGGCCCCUGCACAUAAAAUAAUAGAGUCCAUGACAUUUUAUUAAAGAUUAAAGUUGUCAUGCAUUUACUUUACGAACUGCGUGAGCUCCGGUAAUCAAGAUCAAGUUAUUGGGGGUCAUUCCAGAAAACAUCCAUACCACCCCCACAGAGGAAAUAUGAAGUUGACCUCACCCCCCUACCCCCUUCGGAUGUCCUAAUACAUUUACUAUUAUCAGAAACAAUUUUUUCUUCCCUCCCCCUCCGGAUGGCAGAAAUUUCCUGUUGGGAGAGUAUGGAUCUUUUCUGGAAGGACCCAUUUUACAAGCCUAGUGUGGGUAUUUUUGUUUUUGUAAUAUAAAGUGUAUUGUUUGAGGUUGCAUUCAGCAAGCCUGUCAUUGGCAUACUAGGUUAGGGGCAUUACCCAUGAAGUGCUGAAAGUUAACAAGUGUAGUUUGAUUCUUUAUCUAAUAUAAUUUGAGCUCUUGCAGGGUUUAGGGCAAUUAGGGGUAUGGUUUGUAUAUGGAAUUAAUACCCUAUUAUAACCGAUUACCGAAGCUCUAGGUUUUUUAAACAUGGGUUCUGGUUUACUGGAACUAUAUAUAGCCACGUCGCUUUUAUAAUACUUUUUAUAUUGUUCAUUAGUUCAACUGUGUUGUGAAUUAAAUAUUUACCAAAAUGAGAGAUUUUAUUGGGAUAUUCCGGCAUAAAUGACAGUUGUAAACUGCUCUGUCUACUCAUUGUUUUAUACUUUUUUUCAUACGUUUAUCACUUUAUACAGGUACAGUAUUUUAGUAUAAUAUAAAAAUUUAUACAUAGAAAUCAAACUUUUUAUCUCUGAUACAUACCCCUUUAAAAGACAUCUUAAUGGUAACUUAAUUUCAUAUUCACAAGAGAUGCUCUUGAUUCUUCAAUCCACAAAAAGUUCGAUCCAAUGAGGCCGCGAAAUAAUGCAAAACACUGAUAGAAAUUAAGAUGUUCGUACGUGGUUCGUACCUUCGUACUGACGCCAUGUUACACCGUCAUCUUCCUAGCAAGUGUCAUGGCGUGAGCAUGACGUGUACAUCAAGGGAAAUUUGAGGACACGAAUUCCUAUUAAGUUACGCAUCUGGUAUAUACUUCAUCUGUGCCAUUACUCUGGCCAGUAAACUGGCUGCUGGCGUACUAUAGAUUAUAUGGAGAAGAGUCAGCCGAUUAGCGCGUUUGACGCCGGCUGACAGCCGGAAAUUUUGUCUCCGAAUACUAUUCGUUCAAAAAAUGCGCGCAUUUCGGAGACUGGUUCUAGAAUGUUUCAUAAGCAGAAAACGACCAAAAUUACAUUAAAUUUUCCGAAAAUCAUCGAAAUGCAUCUAAAUUCAUCUUCCCAAUGCAUAUAUUUAGCUAUGCGACAGGUCAAUAAACGGGGGGGGAAAACAAUUUCGGCAAAAAGAAAAAUUCAAAUUCGUUUGCGCGCACUCCGGACUCGAACUCACGACCCUCAGCAUACAUGCUGAGUGUUGUUCCCUUGCGCCACCACGCCUUACGCGGAAAAUAUGUCAAUUAAUUGUAUAUAUACAAGUUAUUCUUAGCCAGCGCAAUUUGUGAUUGCGUAAAUACGUACACCAUUGUACACGGCCAAGGGUACAGUAGCAGCCGAGCCGUAUUUACUCUUUAAUACAAUACUUACAAUACAUCACCGCAUCACGGCAUAGAUCACGGCUACCAGCCGGGGUUAUUUAACUGUAAUACAACUCUACAAUGCAAUACGAGUGUCAGCCGAGCCUGUCGGUAGUAUACUAUAGUAUACUACAAUACAUCACGGCUACCAGCCGGCAAUACCGCUAUAAGCCGGGUAUGUCUGUAGCAUACUAUAGAAAAUAUCACGGCUACCAGCCGGGGUUAUUUAACUGUAAUACAAUACUAAAAUGCAAUACAACUGUCAGCCAAGCCUGUUGGUAGUGUAGUAUACUACGAUACAUCACGGCUACCAGCCGACAAUACUGCCAACAGCCCGCCCUGCCUGUAGUAUACUAUAGUAUACUACAAUACAUCGCGGGUACCAGCCGGCAAUACGGCUAUCAGCCGGGCGUGUCUGUAGUAUACUAUAGUAUACUACAGACACGCCCGGCUGAUAGCCGUAUUGCCGGCUGGUAGCCGCAAUGUAUUGUAGUAUACCAUAGUAUACUACCGACAGGCUCGGCUGACACUCGUAUUGGAUUGUAGACUGUAGUAUUUUAUUAUAGUUAAAUAACCCCGGCUGGUAGCCGUGAUGUAUUGUAGUAUACUAUAGUAUACUACCGACAGGCUCGGCUGACACUCGUAUUGCAUUGUAGAGUUGUAUUACAGUUAAAUAACCCCUGCUGGUAGCCGUGAUCUAUGCCGUGAUGCGGUGAUGUAUUGUAAGUAUUGUAUUAAAGAGUAAAUACGGCUCGGCUGCUACUGUACCCUUGGCCGUGUACAAUUGUGUACGUAUUUACGCAAUCAUAAAUCGCGCUGGCUAAGAAUAAGUUGUAUAUAUACAAUUAAUUAACAUAUUUUCCGUGUAAGACGUGGUGGCGCAAGGGGACAACACUCAGCGUGUAUGCUGAGGGUCGUGAGUUCGAGUCCGGAGUGCGCGCAAACGAAUUUGAAUUUUCCUUUUUGCCGAAAUAGUUUUUUUUCUCGUUUAUUUACCUGUCGCAUAGCUAACUAUAUGCAUUGGGAAGAUGAAUUUAGAUGCAUUUCGAUGAUUUUCGGAAAAUUUAAUGUAAUUUUGGUCGUUUUCUGCUUAUGAAACAUUCUAGAACCAGUCUCCGAAAUGCGCGCAUUUUUUGAACGAAUAGUAUCACAAUAUAGUAUACUAUAGUACUAUAGCGGGUGAUGUGUGUCAAAAUUCAAUAACACAUUUGGCAAUGAUAACGUACCAUUUUGCUACAAUAAUAACACAUCUGGCAACGAUAAAGUAAACUUUUGCUAUAAUUUUGUGGCGGUUACAAGACAUUUGUUAACAAUAACAAAACAUUUAAUGACAAAGUAUUAUUUUGCAACAACAUAAACGUAUCGUUUUAUUAUUUGCCAACAAUCGUACAUUUGGCAAGUACAAUCCCGUGAUGCAAUUGGGCACUAGCUCCAGAUGGUGCGAAAACGGCGCUUAAUUUAUAAUAUUUUCACACAAAAUAGCGAUCAAGAUAUCGAAGAAAACGGAGUACGAACUGCUCUUGUAACGCGAUUGGAAAUGUUAUUGACGAUGUAACGGAAUGCCUUUCAACAGAGCUUGAUGAUGUUAUUGAUCGUAUUCGCGAUUUUUCUGAAGACCUUUACCGAUGCCUAGCAAAUCUGACAGCACGAAAUCCCGAAAUUUACAGCGAAUUGCUACAUCAGGUCAGACUUCUCGUAGAUGUCAUACAACGUCAUAUUUUGAAUAAUGAAAAUUAUGGACCGAAAACAUUGGGAAUCAUCCUAAGGUCAAUGCCAGGUAGACCAAAAUUUGAAAUUUUGAGAGACCAGCUGCAGUAUCUGCAGAUUUAUUUUGUGGUGAAUUGGCCACACCAUCCAGUAGCUGUACAAUUAUAUAUCUAGCUUGUAGUAGAGAUGACUGAAUAUCAUCUGACGCCGAAGCCAUGUUUACUUAUAGUCCAGGAGCUACUAACAUAACAUUAUGACCCAUUUUCCUCAAAAGUGCUGACCCCCAAUAUGAAAAGGUACCAUCAAGGGCAAAAAAAUUUCAUUGGUCAGCUUGCCCGAUUUGGGUUCGUUUGGGGUCCAGGCCCUUACAAAUGCCUCGAAUUCGGACCUUUAAUGAACCUCAUUAGCCUCAAGGCUGUAAUUGUGCUAGCAUAUGCAGUCUUACUAUACAAAAGAGAAUAUGGAAAAGCUAACCGAAAAAUACGGUUCUAACACUUAGUUAGACCCCCCGCAAAGAUACAAUCCGGGAUCAUCAUUAGAUCCCAUUAACUACAAACUCAAAUCUUUGUGUGAACAAUCUUCAUGUCAUAAAAAGGUAAUUGGCAACAAAGCUUACCAAAAAUUACGGUUCCUUUGUUAAGUCAGACAACGUUUUACCAAAUACGCGAAGUAGAACUCAUUUCAUCUUACAUGAAGUACUGUUCCUGAACAACAAAGAUGGCGAAACUGUAAGUACUUAAUACGUUAUAAUAUUGUGUUUUUAAGUCCUGUUUGUGUUAAAUUACUGCAUGAAUGUAAUUUUUUUUUGCCAUAGCAAGUUGUUUUCAUUACUUCUAUGUUUGUUUGUCUCUGGUAAACGUAAAUAUAAUGUAUUAAAUUGUCUUUUUUUAUUGUUUUUCUGGGAAAAUAAUGCUCUCAAUAACGAAGUGAAUCAACACCUGUGAUGUAUGCAUAAAAGUCAGAAAAGCAACGAAUUCUUAGUUAUUUUGCAGGUAAUUGAUCGAAAUUUAUAGCUAGUGGACUCAAUUAAUAUUCGUAUUUAUAUUUUUGAAAAUACUAAACACUUGAGAUAACUUCGCUAUUAUUAAAACACGUAAUAAAAAAUAUUACGAACUUGUCACUUUAUCUUAAAAAAAUUACAGGCACAUGAAUUAACACAGUUUAAUCCAUUUUUGAAGCACCUGAUGACUUGAAGAAAGAGCUUCUACUACUCCAUGGCCAAAGGUGACUGACAUUGUUACUCGAUAUGUCAGGUAAUAAUAGUGUAAUUAUAUCAAGUUUUGAAUACAAAAAAUGUGUGUAAGGCAAACAAGGCCUGUCACGUCUGAUAAGGUACAUUUAAAUUCUUAUAGUUACUGGAAAUAUCAUAUCCUAAUUGUUGAAUAACAUUUUGACUAAUUCUCGUCAAUGAAAAAGAAAAAUUUCAUCGGAAUUUAACAAUUUUAAGACUAAUUAUCCAUAAAUAUAUUACUUUAUAGCUACUUGUGAGACUCGUUCAACCGAUGCCGAUUACGCAACAGAAAGUAACAAUUGAAAUAUUGGUAGGUUUAGUCAUGUAAUUGUAUUGUAAAUUAUUUGAGUUUACAAACAGUAUUAACAAAAAAUUUAAAACCAUAAUUAUUCAUCAAUAUUUUAUUUUAUUUUAUUUUAUAUUUACUUGUCAGACUGAUUCAACCGAUACCGAUUACAGUGAAAAUAUUGGUAAGUUUAGUCAUGUAAUUGUAUUGUAAAUUAUUUGAGUUUACAAACAGUAUUAACAAAAAAUUUAAAACCAUAAUUAUUCAUCAAUAUUUUAUUUUAUUUUAUUUUAUAUUUACUUGUCAGACUGAUUCAACCGAUACCGAUUACAGUGAAAAUAUUGGUAAGUUUGGUCAUGCAAUUGUAUUUUAAAUUAUUUGAGUUUACAAAUAGUUUUAGCAAAAUAUAAUAUUAUAAUCAUUCAUCAAUAUUUUAUUUUAUAGCCACUUGUGAGACUGAUUCCAGCUGAUACUGAUUACGUAACAGAAGGAAACUAUGAAAAUAUUGGCAAGUUUAAUUAUGUAAAAUUUUCUAAGUUACACUUUUUGUAAUUAGUGAUGUUAGUUUCGUAUAUCCUGUUUCGUAUAUGUUGUGUUCUGCAUGUAGGAGAAGGUUCCGAAAUAGGAAAAAUUAAUUAUUUUACAUCAAACACUCUGGAAAAGUGCAAGACUAUCCUAGCAGCAAGGAAAGAAGGAAACUUAAAGUACAAGGAUACCCAGCUUCCUGAGGGUGUAACCAAAACUCAUGGAUUUCAUAUAGAGUGUUAUCGAAGAUUCAUUGCCCUGUCGGAAACUAAAAGGAAAAGUCUCCAAAACAAUAUGAAAGACGCUAGUUCUACUCCCUUGACACGUUCAAGAAUUCCAACAGCAAUACCAACAGGUUCAAGUGGAGUGUUUUCAAAGAUAUGUAUUUUUUGCUUGAAAAAGGUUAAGAAGCAUAAGAAUUCAAUGCAGAAACUAAUUGCAGCCUCCACAGAAAACUUUCAAGAGAACAUAAAGAUGUAUGCUCGUUGGUUAAACGAUCAACCCAUGCUAUUGAGGAUUGGUAAUGAGGAUUUUGUUAGUAAAGAAAUCUAUUAUCAUGGUAUAUGUCGGGUUAGUUAUCAGAGUAGAGCGGAAAAGACCCCUUUUGCAAUACAAGAGAAGAAGGCACAUGAAUUGGAGAAGCCUAAACCUGAAACAUGCAUGUUGGCAUGUUUCAAGAGAACCACACCGCAAAGCAUUUGGGGCGAUCUGCUGCCUUAUUAA